CCCCGAGUCCUGUUUCAACCUUCACUGCGAGAGCGGUAUCGAGAGGGGCACCUUCAAGCAGGGGUCGAUUAAAAAUUACUUGUAAUAUUUACACACGUGUACAAGAAUCAUGUCCUUCCUCUCUAUCAGCAGACUAGCCCCGAGGCUCCUCAGUUCAAAGAAUGCCGCAUGCGUCCUCGUUGCAGCCAGAAAUGUCAGCGGAUCCACGAAUUUGAAAGACGUCCUGUCAGACCUCAUCCCCAAAGAACAGAGCAGGAUCAAGAACUUCAGACAGCAGCAUGGCAAAACCACAAUCGGUCAGAUCACAGUGGACAUGGUUUAUGGAGGAAUGAGAGGGAUGAAGGGUUUGGUGUACGAGACCUCUGUGCUUGACCCCGAUGAGGGAAUCCGUUUCCGGGGUUACAGCAUUCCAGAAUGUCAGCAGCUGUUGCCCAAAGCUCCUGGUGGAGAGGAGCCGCUACCAGAGGGUCUUUUCUGGCUGUUGAUCACAGGACAGGUGCCCACCGAAGAGCAGGUAAAUUGGGUGUCUAAAGAAUGGGCUAAGCGUGCCGCUCUUCCCUCCCAUGUGGUCACCAUGCUGGAUAAUUUCCCCACCAACCUGCACCCCAUGUCUCAGUUCAGCGCUGCCAUCACCGCGCUGAACAGCGAGAGCAGUUUUGCUCGGGCUUACUCUGAGGGAGUCAACAAGGCCAAGUACUGGGAGUUUGUGUACGAGGAUUCGAUGGAUUUGAUCGCCAAGCUCCCCUGUGUGGCGGCUAAGAUCUACCGUAACCUGUACCGUGAGGGCAGCAGCAUCGGCGCCAUCGACUCCAACUUGGACUGGUCACAUAACUUCACCAACAUGCUGGGCUACACCGAUUCAGAGUUCACAGAACUGAUGAGGCUGUAUCUCACUAUUCACAGUGACCAUGAGGGUGGAAACGUCAGCGCACACACCAGUCAUCUGGUAGGCAGCGCUCUGUCCGACCCCUACCUCUCCUUCAGUGCUGCUAUGAACGGCCUGGCCGGACCUCUGCACGGACUGGCCAAUCAGGAGGUACUGGUGUGGCUCACAGCUCUGCAAAAGGAACUUGGCGGUGAGGUUUCGGACGAGAAAAUGAGGGACUACAUAUGGAACACACUAAAAUCAGGCAGGGUGGUGCCGGGCUAUGGACAUGCUGUACUGAGAAAAACAGAUCCUCGCUACACGUGCCAGCGCGAGUUUGCCCUUAAGCACCUCCCGAACGACCCCAUGUUCAAGCUGGUCGCUCAGCUAUACAAGAUCGUCCCCAAUGUGCUGCUGGAGCAGGGCAAAGCCAAGAACCCCUGGCCCAAUGUAGAUGCUCACAGUGGAGUCCUUUUGCAAUAUUAUGGCAUGACUGAGAUGAACUACUACACUGUGUUAUUCGGCGUGUCCCGGGCGCUGGGCGUUUUGGCUCAGCUGGUGUGGAGCAGAGCGCUCGGAUUCCCUCUCGAACGCCCCAAGUCCAUGAGCACGGACGGACUCAUGGGUCUGGUUGGGUCCAAAUCAGGCUAAAGAGGGAGAGACCGUGCCAGCGGAGUGAUAACAGGAAGGGGAGGAGCUUAAACUACUAUAGAAACAGGGAUUUAAAGAGACAGUACACUUUUAAAUGUCAUCUAAAAAGGACCUUUGUUAAUCAAAUCACAUUUUUUGUCAUAUUAAUCCUUCACACCCAAUACAAACAACUAACUAGCCAUGCAUGCAUAGACAGAUUGCACAGAUUUUCAUGGAUAUUUCAGGUCGUACGAACAAUUCUUGUUUCGAAAAUGGGUAUGGAUGUAACAUGGUGCUUUGCGGGAAAGGGCAGUGUUGUCGUCCAAAAAUGCAGCCAGGAGUGCAAUAUCACCUAGUUCAAUUUAAACAAAUGAUGACUAUUAAAUACUAGUUCAGAAGAGAUAGCGCUUGACUUAGUAUGUAAAUAAACCCUUUGUUUGAACAAACAGAUGCUAUAUGCUCAGCUACCAUAUGAACUACGUUAUAUUUACUUUUCUGGAAUCAGAUGUUCACACGAGCCUAAAAGGAAAUGAAGCGACAAAGUCCUCCUCCUUCGCCUGUCAGAUAAUACUACGCCAUUUGACAAGGCAUCCAUCAACAUGUCUCUCCUUUUAAGAGCACUCCACGAUGGCAAACAGGUCCUCUCUCAAUAGAAUUGAUUCUGUGAGUUCAGUUCGAUUUGGGAAGCUUGUACAUUUGUUUAAAAGGGUACUGCCCCUUUAAGUUAUCUCACGUCGAUCUCUGACUUCAACCCAUCAUCUUUGUCUUCUCGUUUUUGUUUGCUUACACGCUUUAUUUGAAAUAAUGAAUCUAUUAUUGCAUUACACACAUGUCUUUUCCUCCCAUAAUUGGUACUAAUGGCAACUUGAUUUGUGUACCAACUCGAGAGUAAGCAAUCUGAGCCACAGCUUUCUGUUCGCUAGAUUCUGUUAUGUCUGUUCAUUCAUCGCUUUUAUAAUUUGCUGCUUGAAACCAUAAUAGUAGACAUAAUUUCUUUUAGCUGUUUGGAGUUCUUUUUAAGUGUCUUUUUGGUAUUUUGAGCAACCGUGUCUUGUGUAAAGACUGUAGGUAUACAUAAUUUGUGGUUUUAUUUAUUCAUGUAAAUAUUGCUUGAAUGUAUGAACUUAAACGUAUCAUAACGCUGAUUUCCAGUCGUCCUUUUAGUUAUCGAGCCACUGUAACCCUCUAAAACCAACCCUUUAUCCGAAAUAUAAGAAUAACUUUUAUAACCUGGCAAUAUUAUGUAAUCUGACAUUUCAUUUGACGUUUGCUCUCAAAGUUAACGAGCAAUCUUGUAGCUAGUCUGUCCAUAAGCACUCCAUUAGCUAUCAACGGCAUUACUCGAAACAAAAUAUAAUUGUCCGUUCGGCCACGUCCUUUCCAGUGGGUCUAAUCUUCAUGUUUGUCAGGUCAGGAUCAUUUAAAUAAUAAACAAUUUGAACAUGGAGAUGAUUGGUUGAAGUCAGAUCUACCAGGGGAAAUGGGAGGGGAUGAAAAAAUUGGGGUGAGAAGCUUAAGUGAACAAAAAAAAGAAAAAAUGGGAAAAC